UUAUGCUAUCUUUCGGUAGCUGCAACUGAUCAAUGAUGACUGCUUCCUGUCUCAACGUAUACGUCAUUCAUCGUUCGGCAGAUCCAUAUUGUUACGUAACAGCUAUCGAUUGAAACACCUUUGUUCAGUUACAACUGUCGAGUCUGCCGAACGCAGCCAAUUGUCUUAUUCGAUCGGAUGAUGUCGCCGUUGUUCUGAUAUUAUCCCAUGUGCUUUAGAUAGUUGGCAUGUAACAAGAUGAAUUUAAAGUUAGAAGAAGAAUUGCAAUCAAAUACAACUAAAGUUGAUCAAACAUUUGAAGAUGAUGACAGAUAUUUUCAAGAAUUAAUAGAUUUAAUUCCUCCAAAGUUUUAUUUUGAUCAAGAAAUAAUAGACACAUUAACUACUAAAAAACAUAAAAUAACAAAUGAAAAAAUAAAGGGAUUAAAAAGAAAGAAAUCAGAAAAAGGAAAAAAUGCAAUAGCUCGAUUAGAUCCAUAUCAACAUAAAACUGUUAGUGAGAUUCAAGAAGAAUUAGCUAAAGAAGAAGAAAAAUCUAAAACUAGUAAAUUUCCUGUGACUUCUCAAGACAGAUCUUCAAAUUUGCAGGAAUUACAAGAAAGAUUAAGAACAAAAAUAGCAUCAUUAUCAGCUAAAAGAAAAGGAACAUCUACAAACGAAACAAACGUGGAACAGAAACAAUGGAAAAGAAAAAUGAACAAGUUAAAAAAUAAUAAAUCUGCAAAAAGAAUAAAGCUUAAUAAUAAUAAUAACAAUUCUAUUGCAUUUCCUACAAAUACCGACGAAAAAAAGAUGGAAAGUAAUAAGCCAAUAUACAACAAAGACAAAAAAAUGGUUUUUAGCAAAUUUGAUUUUCCAGAAACUGAGAAAAAAGCAUCUAAACAUUCGGGUAAAAAUUAUAAAAAGCUGCUGAAAAAGACACUGAAAGAAAAAGAAGAGUUGAAAACAAUGGAAAUUAAUGAUCCAGAAAAGGCAUUUGUUCAAAAAGAAAAAAAGAAUUGGUUGAAAGCCAUUGACAAAGCGGAAGGAAUAAAAGUAAAAGAUAAUCCCGAAUUAUUGAAGAAAUCGAUCAAGAAACAGGAACAGAUGAAAAGGAAGAGCCAGAAAAAAUGGAAGGAAAGAAAAGAAACAGUUGAAAAAUUCAAACAAAAGAAAGAACAGAAACGUCGGGAGAACAUCAAAGCAAAAAAACAGGAGAAAAUUAAUAAAAAAAUCAAAAGAGCAAAAAAGAAAGGAAGGAUAUUGCCUGGAUUUUGAUUUUUGUAUAAU